GCUUGGCAGAGGUGCGGACCUUCGCGCGCGAGUGUGCAGAGGGGGUGGGAGCCCAGAGCAAGGCACGGCACGAUGCGGCGGCAGAAGAUUCCAAGGCGGCUUUGGAUGAAAUGAGGGCGCAGUUUCAGGCUGGCCUGUCAAUUUGCCGCAAUGAAGCGGGAGAGCGUGAAACACGGCUGGCAGCGCGUCUCUCCUUCGCGACACAGGAGGCCCAGGAGCUGCGGGCCAUCCUCGACGAUCAAAAUCGGCGCCAGGAGAUCCUCGGUGUGGAGCUUCGUCAGAUACUGGAAGAUCGAGUGGCAAAGGUGAAUGGCGACAUUCAGGAGCAGAAAGACAUGCUCCAGUCAGCCAAGGAUGGCCUCCGGAAAUACAUCGGAGACGCCCUCCGGAAGUCAGAGCAGAAGCUCCAG